AUGGUAAGAGAACUCAUUGAAAACGACGAAGUUGAGAGUUAUGCCACUGAGCCAACAAGAAGGUCGGAGAGUGAAGAGUUAGAAAGAGGAUACCGCCUAGAGAAGAGGCCGAGAAAGGAAGAAGCGGAUGUAGACCAAAAGCUGAAAAGGCUGAAGGAACAGCUCCUAACUGAACUAGGGGCACGAGACAACGGAAAUCCCAGAGAACACAUCCUGAACUACAAGAUGUUCAUGGAGCUUCAAACUCAUUUAGAUGCCCUGAUGUGCAAAGUCUUUCCUACCACCCUCACAGGACCUGCUCAAGCGUGGUUUAACAGCCUAGAAGCAAGAAGCAUUAAAGGCUUCACGGAUCUGGCAAACAUCUUUAUCAAUCGAUUUAUUACGGGAGUUCCGGCAGAAAGGAAAACAAGUUACUUGGAGACAGUUCAGCAGAGAAGGAACAAGUCUCUAAGAGAAUAUGUAGCCAGAUUCAACUUGGAGGCCCUGCAAAUCCCCGAGCUAGACGAGGCAAGGGCCAUGGAGGCCAUGCAGAAGGGGACCACAUCUCCCGAGUUCUUUGGCUCAUUUUGUACGAAGCCUCCCAAUACCCUAGCCAAAUUAAUGAAAUGGGUUGAUAAGUACAUCAGGCAAGAUGAUGCCUUGACUACGAGCAGGUUCGUUGGAGAAUCAAGGGAUAGAGGAAAGGUAGUGGAGGAUAGAUGGCCUAAAAGGCAGGAGAGGAGGCAGAACCGGGGGCCAGAGAUCACAGACAACCGUGGGAAAGGAAAGAGCGGAGGACAUAUCAGCCCUAGAUCCCUAAGACAGGGGGCAGGACUUGUGAAUGACGACUCUAAUGGGACGAUUAACAUGAUUGUGGGGAGAACAGGAGGACAGAUGAGCAAGAGAGUAAAGAAGAGGAACCGAAGCAAAGAGGGAAGCAUCAGUGAAGUCAUGCAGAUAGUGGAACACUCCCCGGUGACCAUCUCUUUUUCUCUUGAAGAUGCCCACGGAGUCCAAAUGCCUCAUGACGAUGCCCUAGUCAUUGAAGCUAUCAUUCACAACUUCUGA